AUGUUUAUGCUUAAGAACUUUCUAGGAAAGAUUUGGGGUAAUCCUGAUAGUUUAAAUAUUGCACAUAUUCCAGUUGGACAGCUUUAUCUUGUACGUCCAUCUUCUCCAAAAGGUUAUAGUGAAUGCAUAUAUAAAGAUGCAGCUGCAAGUAUUAAGCGAACAUUAACAGAGUUUCAUUACCAAUUAGUAAUACAAAGGGCAUAUGAAGAAGGAGAAGAGCAAAUACUAAAUGAAGAUGAACGCCAGGAUGAGUUUAUUGAUGAAAAAAGCUUUUUGAUGGAUGAAUCUCUUAAAUUUCACUCUUUUAUACGGGAAGAUUGUGUUAUUUAUGCAUGGAGAGAUCUUUCUGGGGAUGAAGAUGAUCUAUAUGAAUUUGUUUGUGAUUCAAGUAUACAGAAAAGUGCAAUACGCACCUUUGAAGAGGUAGCAGCUCGGUGCAUAUUUGAAAGAAAAUAUAGAAAGUCUCAUGAAGAAGCGACUGAUUCAGAUUUAAACAAGUUUUUGUCGCCAAUGUCCACAUUUACAUCUUCUCAGAAUCCAUCGCUAAUCCAAAGCCCUUUGAUCUCUGAUAGUUCUAAAGCCAAAUCUAAAACAGAUGAUUCUGUUAUAAAAACAAAAGAAACAGAAGCAACCCAAGCAAAGAUUAUUGUUCAAGUUAAUGCUGAACUGCAUUUAUUUGAUGCUGCAGAUAAUGUUUUUGUACUUCAAGACAAUGAUGUAGUUGCAACUGUUUCUGAAAUAGGUCUAUGGGAAUAUUGGCUUGAAAUAAAAGGCAAUGAAAGGAUAUGGCUUGGUCAACCUAUUUGUCCAGAUAUAAAUCCUGUAUUUAACUAUGAACAUUUUUCAUUUAUUUGGAAUUAUUGUGACGAUAGGUCACAAGUAUAUUCAUGGUUACUUCGUUUUAGUAAUGUUGAAAUCGAAGAAAACUUCCAAGAAGGAUUUAUGAUAGCCUUAUGGGAAAUGUUAAAUCAGCAAAGAUGGAUUAAAAUGAAAGAUGAAGAGAAAGAAUAUGUUAUUGAUACUUUUCAUCAGGAUGUUGAAAUGGAAAAUGUCAAUGAUGAUGAUCCCGAAGAAAAUGAUCAAGAUGUAAAUAGUGAUUCUAAUGAUAUUCCUCAAUAUUUUGAAAAAAAUGAGCGUCAUUAUGCAAAUUUUGAUAAUGAAAAUAAAUAUUCUGAUGUAGAAUCAGAUAAUGAAGAUGAGUAUUCUCAUUCGGAAUUAGAUGAUAAAGGCGAAAAUAGUCAAUUGGCAGUAGGAUAUAAACAUGACAGAUCUUUUGUUGUUCGUGGCGAUAAAAUAGGAGUUUUUCGUCAUGUAAAUGAUGAUCAAUUAGAAUUUGUUGCUACUAUUAAUAAAAUUCAAACACCAAAAGGAAAAUUAUUUCAGCCAUCUAAGAUCAUGCUUCAUAAUGAAGAUUCUGAAGUAAUACUACAGAAUCCUGAUGAACCUCACAAUUUAUAUCAAAUGGAUCUUGAAUAUGGGAAAGUUGUUGAUGAAUGGAAAAUAAAUGAUGAUAUUUCAAUAUUAAAUUUUACACCAAAGACUAAAUUUUCCCAAAUGACUGCUGAAAAAACACUUAUAGGCAUUUCACAUAAUUCUCUUUUUAGAAUUGAUUCUAGAUUACCUAAAGAUAAAAUUGUUAUGGAUGAAUAUAAACAAUACACUACUAGGAAUGAUUUUAGUGUAGUAGCUACUACUGAAAAAGGCUAUAUAGCAGUUGCUUCUAAUAAAGGAGAUAUAAGAUUGUUUGAUAGAGUUGGCAUUAAUGCUAAGACAGCUUUACCUGCACUUGGAGAACCUAUAAUUGGAAUUGACGUUUCUGCAGAUGGAAAAUGGAUUUUAGCUACAUGUACAACUUAUCUUCUACUUAUUGAUUCAACAAUAAACGAAGGGAAAAAUCAGGGAAAACUUGGUUUCGAAAAAAGUUUUGGGAAAGAUACUAAACCAAAGCCAAAGAGAUUACAACUUAAUCCUGUACAUGUCGCAAUGAUGCAAGGGCAAAUUAAUUUUACUCCUGCUAAAUUUAAUACGGGAAAAGAUAUUGAAGAAAAAACAAUUGUUACGAGUAGUGGUCCAUAUGUAAUAUCAUGGGAGUUGUCAAGAGUAAUAAAAGGGGAAACGUAUAAAUAUAAAAUAAGACAAUACCCAGAUGAAGUUAAAGCAAAUAAUUUUAAAUUCGGAACAGACAAAAAUGUAAUUGUUGCUCUUCCACAUAAUGUAUCUAUGAUAAAUAAAUCAGCCUUUAGAAAACCAACCCGAGAAUCUCUUUUGCGAACACCUACAAGAAAUUUGCGUUCUCGUUCUAAUAUUGUGAAUUCUCCAUAUUAG